AUGGCAGAGCCCAACCCUCAUCGAAAAUCCAUCGUAGCCAACCAUCCAAUCCGCACCUCCAACAACAUCCAAUACCUAACUGACGAUGAAAUCUCCGAAUUCCUCGAUGAUCUCGACCACAACAACGAUGGCUUCAUAAAUUACAACGAAGUCGAGCGAAAACUCGACCAGGAGCACGCCGAGCUAGUCCCGAAACCGAGCGCCCACCACGUCAUACAACGGGACCAUACCCAAGAUGACCGUGCGCGCCAUCAGUUCCUGCGCAGUAUGAUGGGCUCCGACGCGGAGAAGAUUCCAAGGGAUGAGUUUGCGAAGAUGGUGAAGGAGUGGAAGAUCCCUUCGUUGAAGCAGGCGAAGAAGGAAGAGGAUGAGGAUAAGAGCUAUAUUAAGCGAUUGCCCGGUUGGAGACGAAUUCGUUCGUAUUGGGCUGUUCAUGGGCCGGAGAUUGUGUUUCUGGGGGUUGUUAUCGGUAUGCAGUGCGCUUUUGGCAUUUGGCAAUUGGUCAAGUACCAGACUACCCCUGGAUAUCGUGAAGCGUUCGGCUGGGGAGUUGUCAUGGCCAAAACUUGCGCUGGUGCGCUGUAUCCGACAUUCUUCUUCCUGAUUCUCAGCAUGUCGCGAUACUUUUCGACAUGGCUGCGCAGGUCGUAUCAUAUCUCACGCUUCUUCAACUGGGAUUUGUCGCAGGAGUUCCAUAUCCGAAUCUCUUGUGUUGCUAUUUUACUCGCGACGCUGCAUGCCAUUGGACACUUGACUGGAUCAUUCGUGCAUGGCAGCGAUCCUAAGAAUGAAGACGCCGUCGCAGAUGCUCUUGGUCCAGACAUGGUCCCCCGCCCAUACAUCGACUACAUCCGCUCGUUGCCCGGUUUCACCGGCAUUACUGCCCUCGGCCUGUUCUACAUCCUCUCACUACUCAGCAUUCCUCAAGUGCGAAAAUGGAAUUACGAGAUCUUCCAGCUUGGCCAUCUACUCAUGUUCCCCAUCAUCGGCCUCAUGAUGGCUCAUGGAACAGCAGCAUUGCUUCAGUGGCCUAUGUUCGGAUACUUUCUCGCAUUCCCAACUCUUCUGGUUCUUGUUGAGCGCGCAGUCCGUGUGUGCCUCGGCUUUCAUCGCAUCAAAGCCACCAUGAAAGUUCUCGACAAAGAAACCGUUGAGAUCACCGCAGUCAUUCCCAGUGAGCGACUCUGGAAGUAUAAGGCUGGACAGUACAUCUUCCUCCAGGUCCCAAAGAUCAGCUUCUUCCAAUGGCAUCCGUUCACCGUCUCUUUUUGUCGCGGCAACAAGAUGAUGCUGCACAUCAAGACCGACGGCAAUUGGACAGCCAAGCUUCGCGAACUAGGAGGUAAUUCUGGAGAGUCUGAGAUCGAGGUUGGCAUCAAUGGUCCUUUUGGUGCACCCGCUCAACGAUUCUAUGACUUCAAUCACUCAAUCAUCAUUGGCGCUGGUAUUGGAGUGACUCCAUUCUCUGGCAUCUUGGCUGAUCUGCAGUACAACGAUGAUCUUGAUCACGGCGGCCCGAACCACGAAGUUGAACAUCCUCGCCAUGACUCUGAUGUGACUGCUGUAUCUCCAGAGCGCAACGGGUCAGCGUCAGUCACUAGCACUGAUGCAGAGAACAGCGACAACGUCCCAGAAUCCCCGACCAGGCAAGGAAGUGUCGGACGCGAUCUCAUCAACAAAGAGAAGCAGCCCCAAACCGACCGCGCCGCAACUUUUGCAGACGACUAUCGACGCGUUGACUUCCACUGGAUGGUGCGCGAGCGAAACUACCUCCUCUGGCUUUCCGAUCUUCUCAAUGAUGUAUCAAUGAGCCAAGACUGGCAUCGCGAGCAUGAAAUCCAUCCUCAUCUCGACAUCCGCAUCAACACCCACGUCACAGCCAAACGCAAGAGACCCACCACCCAUGUAUACCGCUGGCUCCUUGAGAUGCACCGUACGGAUGAGCAUCCCGCGUCUCCUCUCACUGGUCUCCUCAAUCCUACGCAUUUUGGAAGACCUGACUUUGAUCAGAUUCUGGAUGAGCAUUAUGAAGAGAUGCUCAAGUUCAGGGCUAGUAAGAGGAAGAGUAGACGCGACAAGGAGGAUGAGAGCUACGAAGAGGACGAGGAGCUCAAGGUUGGUGUGUUUUACUGUGGUGCGCCUGUUGUUGGUGAGGUUUUGGCAGAUAAGUGCCGCGAACUUACGUUGAGGGGAUGGCAGGAUGGAAGUAAGUUGGAGUAUCACUUCAUGAUUGAGGUGUUUGGAUAG